ACGGCGCCGCCCAAGCCCAAGCCACCCCCGCUGACCAAGGAGACGGUGGUGUUCUGGGACAUGCGUCUGUGGCACGUGGUGGGCAUCUUCUCGCUCUUUGUGCUCUCCAUCAUUAUCACGCUGUGCUGUGUCUUCAACUGCCGAGUGCCACGCACCCGGAAGGAGAUUGAAGCCCGCUACCUGCAGCGCAGGGCAGCCAAGAUGUACACAGACAAACUAGAGACGGUGCCACCGCUCAACGAGCUGACGGAAAUCCCCGGAGAGGACAAGAAGAAGAAGAAGAAGAAGAAGGACAGUGUGGACACAGUAGCCAUCAAGGUAGAGGAGGAUGAGAAGAACGAGGCCAAGAAGAAGAAAGGAGAGAAGUGAAGAGGGCUUCCAGGAGGCAGCCCCGGGCCCCGCGGGCCCCCAGCCCGAGUCCUGCCCACAGACCAGGCACCCUGGGCUCCAAGUGCACCCAGGGCCCAUCCGGGUCCAGCUUCCUGCCACUCAGGGGCAGGAACAAGACCUGCCCCAGCCAGGACUGCCCCUCCCGCCCCCGCAGCACUGGCCUUGUUCCUGUCCCCCUGCAGACCCACAGCGACCUCAUCCCCACCCUGACGAGCCACCCCACACCCUUCUGCUGGGACCGCACUGGUCUGGAGGCAUGAUGGGAUGCGGGUCCCUUCUGGAAGGCGUUGGCUGAACUGGAGUGGAGGGGCUGAGGUGCAGGCUACACCCAGGCCGACAGAGAGGAGGGAGCAAGCAGGUCACUGGGUGAGCUGGGAGCAGGAGGGUCUCAGACCAAGACAGAUGGCAGCCCGGCGGCAAGGUCUGCCCCAGACACGGCAGGGCUGCUGGCCGGGGAGGAGGGACACAAGUGGCCCCAGAAGCAGAUCCUUUAGUCCUCAGCUGCCAAGCUCCAGGCAAUGGG